AAGCCCAUGCAUUCUCUGGCACACCUCCCUAAAGACUUGCCGCAGCCCUACCCGUGAUUACGUAUUUAUUUAUUUUCCUGGUUUUCUUAAUGUUUGGGAGCGCUGAGAAAAAUAUGCGUCACUGAUCAAGGAAGCGUUUCAGUCUCAGAUGAUUAGAUCUGCAGUUUUGUGUGAGGCGCGCCCUGAACACAUGGAGUGAAGAAUAUAUGAGCGCUUUUUAAAGACUGAAGAAAGCCAAAUGGAGAACGAGGGAAGCCCCAGCACUCGUUCAUCUCCUCUUUUACCUCCACCAGACAUACACAUAUCUCCUGCAGAUGUGUGUGUGUGCUCUGAGGAGACCCAACAGCAGGCUUUGGUCCAGUCAGAUGGGGUUCAAUUUAAGGUGGACACACAGAUCUGCACUGCUCAGCUAGAUGGCACCACCAUCACCCCCAAAGUUUUCCCACCUCCCUCCAACACUAAACUGUGUGGCUACCUCAGCAAGCAGGGAGGACCUCUCAAAUCCUGGAAGUCCCGCUGGUUCACUUAUGAAGAAAAGAGCUGUCAGCUGUUUUACUACCGCAUGGCACAUGAUAUCAAUCCACUCGGUAAGGUAGAUCUGUCUCGGGCCACGUACAGUUACCCACUGCAGGGAGAGGAGGGGACUUUCCAUGUAAUAACACCAGAGCGCACUGUCAUUCUCAAGGCCGCUAACCGUGAUGCCCAAAUGUACUGGCUGCAGCAGCUGCAGUUGAAACGGGUGUUAUACAGGGACCAGCAUGCUGGACAUCAAUCCCUGCCAAGAGCAGAAAACCAAACACUAGACAGCACACCAUCAACAAACAACAGCACUGCUGAUUUCUUGCCCAUGGUGAAGACUCCCUCUGGUCUGGUGGGUGAGGAAGCUGCAAAUCUACCUGCACCAGGAGUAAACAACCCUCUCAACAUGUCACUCAAACACCCGCUGAUUGAGUUGCAGAAUACAAUGUAUAGUCUGUUUCGCCGACAGUCACAGGAAUUUCGUCAGAGUGUUUUCCAUGUGGAUGCUGAUCAUGACCCAAGUGACACUCAAAAAGCAUCAGCUUUGCCUGUCCCCACACCUGGCUCCUCUCAAACACCAGAAUCCUCUAACGGCAAGUGUGAGAGCCUGCACCAAAUCCACCUUGAUCACAGUCUCUACAGCAUGCCACAAAACAGGAAGAGUUGCAAAGAAAAAUCCAAACCUCUGGAACUUAAGGAUGCUAAUGCUCUUGAACACACAUCUCGCCUUCAUCAGGAGAAACUCUCACUGGCUGAUGAGUUCAAAGCACAGAAGGAGUUGGUGUUGCUGUUACAUAAGGUGCUGGAAGCUGCCCAGCUGGAGAAGCGCACCUGUGCUCAGUUUCUAGCAGCUGAGGGUGAGCAGGAGCAGCUGGAGCUCCUCAGACACGGCGAGCGGCGUUUGUCUGAGCUGAAAGAACAUGUGAACUCCAUGCAGCUGGAGAGCGAGACUCUACAGUGGGACCUGAGUCAGCGGGACGCCCAUGUUGCUGAGCUUCAGGAGAGCGUGCAGCUCCUGAGGCAGAAGAACCAGGCCAAGCAGGAAGUCAUACUGAAGCUAUCUGAGAAGCUGGAAGCCUGUGGCGCCAACCAGCAAUGCACUAAUGGUGUGAAGUCAGAGACCUUUAAACAGCUGACUUUGGAGAAUGAGAAUUUGAAAGACGAUCUGAAGGCUUAUAAAAUUCAGAACAAGUUCCUGAACUCAGAGAUCUACCAGCUGACAACACUCUGGAGGAAAAGCUCAGAGCAGGAGAAAAGUCUGAUACUAAAGUGUGCUGUCCUGGAGGCAAAUAACUGUCAGAUGGAGAGCAGGUAUCUGGGAGUCCUCCAGAAACUCCUGGAGAGCGAGAAACUGAAUCCAGAGCAGAGAGAUGCAAUUAAGUCAGUGAUUAAGGAUGUGGCUCAGACAGACCUGAACACUGCCAUCAAACCAUACCACAUCAGUGAUUAUGAUGAGAAUGGCUUUAAAAUUACCAUAGACUACAAAGCUGAGGACCUGAAGCUCCUUGCUAAGAUCCAGGCCCUGGAGGUCCGAUCUCAAAACCUGCUGAACCAGGAGGAAUGUGAUGGGCCCUCGUUGGCUCGCUGCACUCAGCUCCUGUUUGGACGUCCUGAAGAGAAGCUUUCCUUAUCACCAGAACUGAAGAGUGUCCUCCGGACAGGAUUACCACGCGAGUACCGUGCCAAGGUGUGGCGUUUUUUGAUACUCACUAGAACCAGACAGUUUAGAGAGGGUUGUCCUGACCACUAUCAGGAACUGUGUGAGAAGAGCAGGACCUCACCUCAUCUGGUGCCCAGACAGAUUCAGCUGGACCUGCAUCGCACACUGUCCACCAAUCAACACUUCUCUCCUUCAAGCCCUUUGAUUCCACAGCUGGAGAGAGUGCUGCAGGCCUUCUCAUGGCAAAACCCCACUGUGGGAUACGUCCAAGGACUCAACAGACUGGCAGCCAUUGCUCUGCUGGUGCUGCAGAAAGAAGAAGAUGCCUUCUGGUGUCUGGUAGUGAUUGUGGAGUACAUCAUGCCUCAAGAUUACUACACUAAAGACCUUGUGGGCUGUCAGGCAGAUCAGCAUGUGUUAAAGGAUCUCAUGUGGGAAAAGCUGCCUCGACUAAUGGCCCAUCUGGAAGCUCAUAGAGUAGAUGUGUCACUCAUUACUGUUGAAUGGUUCCUGGUGUUGUUUGUGGAGAAUUUGCCCAGCCGCAUAUUGUUUAAAGUGUGGGACGCCUUCCUCUAUGAGGGCACCAAGGUGAUAUUCAGGUAUGCACUGGCUCUGUUCAAAUACAGAGAGGAGGACUUCUUAAAGAUCCACGAUAGUGUUGAGAUAUACCAGUACCUCCGUCUCUUCCCAAAUACCAUUGCAGAUGGAAGGAAGCUUACGAGCAUUGCCUUCAGUGACAUGAACCCACUGCCCAUGAAGUUGCUGCGAAACCGUUGCUCUGUACAUCUGGAGCACCUCCGUGCAGAGAUGAAAGAGCUGGAGAACUUACAGAAAGCAUACAAAGCUGAACAUGUCCAGUGCAAAAGUAAAGAGCUGGAUACACUGGCUAGUGAAGAUGAUGAAGACGUAUAAAAUGGCAAACAUAUGCUCUUUAAGCAGCUAAAGCCUUGAAUUCUGAAUGAGAAACACUAAGGGAUAGUUCACCCAAAAAUGACAAAUAUGUUACCAUUUACUCACACUCAUGUUGUUCCAAAACCAUAUGACUUUCUUUCUAGAUGACACAAUUUUUAAAUUUGGGUGAACCAUUUCUUAAAAACAAAGCACAUAUGAAUUGACAGGAAGGAUCAAUUUAAAGACUUUAUCAAUAGUGUCAGAAAAAAGCUGCACUGUUCUCAGUAUUUGGCAUUUUGAGGCCCUACCAAUUUGCACGCACCCCUCAGCAUAUAGUUUGAAGAUGUUGUACUGCACUGCUACUGUAUAUAAGACAUGUCAAGUCUGGGAGUGAAGUAUGAUUAUUAUUAUUUAUUUUAUUUUUUAAAAAAAUCACAUUAAUUUGUUAAAAAUAAAAUAAUAACUUUUUUAUAUUUUAAGUAAAGCCUGUUUGAAAUACUGACACCUGAAGAAACGGUCACCCCCACAUUUUUUUUUACUUGAAAAAAUAUAUUUAUAUAUAUAUAAAUCAAACAAAUCAACCAAAACUUAGUUCAAUGCUACAAACAACUUUACUGCAGUUAUAAGAGCUAAUAGCUCAUAUCACAUCAGAGUAAACUGAUGUAUUGCCUCUGAUGACAGGAACGGCCCAUUCCCCUGUGUGGCAAGAAGCACUGUUCCCUGAAAUGAACAUAGAAAUUAAAUACUCACAAUCUCAUCUGGUUAAAAACAGUGGCUUGUCACAUAAUAAAGCUAUUGUUUAUCCAUGUUAAGUCACAUGUAAUCUAACACCAAACAGUUCCUACAAAAAUGGCUCAAUGUUUUAAAGAGUUAGAAAAAUCCCAGGUCAGGAACAUGCAAGUCAUCGAUGUAUGUGUGUGCGCAGUGGUUUAUGGGGUUUGCUAGUUUGGCUCUGUCUCUUUCUAAUACACACUGACUUCUAAGAUUUAUGUCACAGAUGUUACUGAGAACUUGAUUUAUAAGUGAUUUAUAAAGGAAUGGGAGAGAAAAAAAGUGACAAAACCAGCCAACCAGUUUUCAACCAGGUGGUACAAUAAAGUUUGUGCUCUAAUUAAAUUUGGCAAUACAAAGUGUAGUUGUGAGCAAAAGCCAAUGUCUGAGGACAAGAUCCUGUCCCAGCUAUUACAACUAUAGUAAUGUCAUUUUCUCAAGCAGUAGUUGCCCUUUUGUUCUGACCCUAAAUCAGUUUUUCUGUCUAAAUUGUUUUGAGUCCCAAAACACUGAUCUUAGUUCAGCAUGAAAGGGUGAAUCUCAGGUAGCCUAUCAAGAACAGGUCUCAAUUCAUCCCAAAAUCAAAAGAAAUAAAGAAAUUAGAAAUAAAAUUUGCAUUAAAAUAUUAUGCAUAUUUUAGGACCAAGGACAUUUUGCAUUGUGCAUUAUUACUUACACAAUACAUGGCAAUUAACCCAUUUCUGUAAUGAGAAAAAAACAACAACAAU